AUGGCUAGGCGGCCGGGAACCAGCGACCUCAACGCAGGAGAAAAUGAAAGCUCGAGGACGGCAAAAGAGUCGCCGAAAAGUCCGGCCGUCGUGUGGCGUGUGAAAAAGGUGGCUGUUCCAAUCGAAGCCGACAUUGACACCACAUUUGUGAAUUUAGGCGAGGACACGAUGCAAAAAGAUGACGCAGACCAAGUGGCCUUCGACUUUGCCGAGUGCGGCAGCGACGCCUUGACCUCAAAAUACAACAGCUCCCACGUCGACGAUGAUGAGUCCGAAGCAGGCGGAACGGAAUUCGAGGAACAGCAGACGCGCGCACAGACCAGUGCAACAUCAGACAUGGACUACUGGUGUAGCGUAAAUCAAGCCAGAUCUCCAGAAUUAGACGAGGGAGACUUGUCUAAUCCUCUGCGUGGCGAGACACACUCCACCAUCUCUGAAGGAAGAACUGGCGGCAGCGCGGGUGCCGUCACAACGGAUGACCCCGCGACAGCCGAAUCUUUCGAAACCGCGUACGGCGGCGACAGUAUGCUGGCAACUCUAGCGUGCGCCGCAUCAGAGGAUACAAAUUUUCCUCAGAGCAACGAAAGCGCGUCUAGCAUUCUCAGCAAUACAAGUCGCCUGUCAGAAGAAGUCCUAGCGCAGCUGAACGAGAACACGAGGUCGAUCUCAUCGUGCAUCAGUCGCGCGCAGCUGCUGCUGGGACAGCUCACCGACACAGCAAAUUCUCAACUGGAAAGUGGCGCUACGAACGGCGUGCACCACAUGACAGAAGUCGGACAGACGGUCCGUCGUGCGAGUUUGGAGGAGUAUAUGGUCUUUCAAGAACAGCUAACUCCCCACCAAGACGACGAUGAAAUCAGCUUCGAGCUCUCCCAAGAUUCCGACGGCGAAGGAGUCACUUCGCCUCUUCACGAAGACAGCCGAGUCCGCAGUAUCGGACCGAUCGACGAGCCGGAGCCACUUAGCCAACCGCCAGAAUUUGCACCAGUGGCCAAUGCCAAAUGGGAAAUAAGGGAAGCCACCAAGGUGAGACCGCCGAGGCCCGCCUCAACGGUGCCUCGCGACCAGGUUUCCACCGGUGAUGAAUUUCCUCUUGACGAGAGUGAAAAUCGCCCUCGGAAGGACCACACGACAGCCAGCGGAUUCCCCGGCGCAGGCGCACCUGUCCCGACCCCCGCGGUAAAGAGAAUUUCUUCGACGGUGAAACAACCCCCGGGAUCGCCAAAAUCGAAGACGCAGCUUGAGACGUCAAAGCAAAGACACCCGAUCAAGACACCGAAGAACAAGACACAGCUCGAAAAGUCAAAAGAUUCCGGUUCAAUCCGUCCUUGUGGCCGUUCCUGUCUUGCAGCGAAGUCUGCUGCCGACUCGGACGCGGCCUCAACUUCGGCAACUCGCGGAGUCACUCGCACAGGAGGCAAUGCAACGAAAGCACAAGACCGCAGUGCAAAAGGACCAGCCGCGCGAGGCCGCUCGGUUUCCAGCGUUCUGUCCACAUCACCAGACAGAAAGACACCGCAUCCUCACACUCAGCUCGGAAGUGCCCCGACAGGAACCUCUCAGCCGAAACCCACCGUGCAUUCUCGGCAGUCGUGUUCCCCCGCAGUUGCGAGUCGCGUCUCAGCCGCGGAACUGAUUAAGCAGAUCACCGGAGCUGCCGCGGCGAACAGCUCGUCGCCGACUCGCAGUCCAUCCUGGACCGAAUUGCCCGCGGCCGCUCGGGAAAAAAUCGUGGAGAUUCUCCACCAACAGCGGAUCGUGCUGACCAGCGGGACGACAAUUCGGCAAGCUGUCGAAGCCAUCCGGCGCGCCUGCGGAAAAACUUCAGAGCGGAGUUUGGCGGGGUCAUCCGGUGCAUCUAGUCGUAGCAGCAAUUUUGCGGGUCGAGGCGUCGCGGGCGCGCAGAAGGGUGUCUUCCAGAACGAGACGGCAGCCGGAAAUUCGGGAGUGGCCCCGCGCUCUGCUUCGCGAAAGCACCAGAGCCUUCCUCGACGGUUUUCCCUGUGCGCACGCAGCCGCCUUGGCUCGGCCACGAACCCCCGCCCCCAACAGAACCGGCACUUGCGGCGAAGCCUGUCCGAAAACCAGACCAGUCUUCGCACUCUCACGCCUGCGCCGCGGGCCUCCGGAACGAGGGGACGAAGCUCGAUCGGCUCGAUGUUACCAGGACAGUUGCGGAGCAACAGCCGUCUGUUGUGCCCCCACGGACUCAGGUACAAGAGCCUUUGCACCUUCUGUAGCCAAGCGGACGCGUCUUGGGCGGCGAUCGCCAGCAAGGGUUUCGCCCAGCCGACCGUGUCAAGUCGCAUGCAAGAGACGGAAACGAGGAGACUUUUCGGAACGUGCGCAGGACGCAGAGCCACCCCCCUCAAGGCAAACGCGAGUCGCGCGAAACUCUGGGCCGCUGGCGGCAUCUCGAGGGCCACGGUGGAAACCGUGGUGUCGGGAGUUGGAGCAAGAAGCCGCUCCAGCGUGGGAGCAGCCUCGUGGACUUCCGCGAGCAGUGCCCUGAGCCGCGCGAGUAUCGGAAGCAAAACUCGCGACUCCAGCGUCGAGCCCCUCCCUGGAGACCGCGUUGUCGGAGCCCCGCCCCGCGGCCGAAGUCGAAAUAGUCGUCCUCUUGCGCAACAAGCGCGAGGCCCGAAGGCGUCCGGCGAGACUCCCGCGGUGUUCCAGCGUCUCUGGGAGGGCGCGAUGGAGAGGCAGCGCGCGAGAUCUCGAGAUGCUCCUGCUGUCAGUGGAGCCGCGAGACUCAUUGUGCCGCGCCAUUCCCUGGGGAGUUCGACGGGAUCGAACAACUCGAGCUCCGCACAGCGCAGAAGCAUCAGCGAGAAAAACGGGAAAACUCCAGCGCGCGCGCUAGUCCGCUCCGGUCAAGGUGUCUUGGGAGCUGAAGAGGGGCCAAGGCGUCCGCAGACAGGCGGCCCGUCGGCAAAGCUCAACGCGUCCCCCAGAACGGCGACGCAGACGCCUUGUCCACAAGGAAAGAGACCGACUGCUGUCUGUCUACAGUCAGGUCAGGGUCACCCGUUUCAGUCUCCGGCGACUGCUUCGUUAUGGCAUUCUCAGCCGCAGUUUCCCCCACCAAUGCACGGGCAGCAACCACUAGCUUCGCAAGACCAGUGGAGUCUCAACCAGAGUUUCCAGAUGAAUGUGAAUCAAAAUGUUCCGCUUCCAGUUGCCUUGCCUCCAAUCUCUCCGCCGUUCCAAAGCAUUCCGAUCGAUCCUCUGCGCGUCGCGAACCACCACGUUGCACUCAACUCUGCCGGUCAACCAGGCUAUGCACUGCCAGUUCCUCCUCCAGGAGUGCCCUUCGGUCUCCGCCCCAGCAAUGGCACCAACCCCGUGCCCUACAUGACGCCGAAUCCUCGUGCGCGCUCUCCACCACCCAAUCCCUCCAUGCUUGCAAAUACGUCUGCAUUCAACCCUGUCUACCAACAAUUUCAAACUUCGUCGACGCCACCAGUACGACAAUUUGAGAAUGCUGGAAUGUCGCCACAGCAGAAAUUCCAGACAUCGUCCAUGCCACCGCAGCAAUAUUUCCAGAAUGCUGGAAUGACGUUACAACAACUUCAGACGUCUACGACGCCCCCAUUCCACCAAUUUUUCGGGCCACCUCCGGUGCAGUCUCAGUUCGUUCCAGUGCCGUUUCCCCAGGGGCCUGGAGCGGGUGCGUCUCCUGCCAUCUUCUACACUCCGCAAGCAGCCCAACCUGCGAGCGAGACUCCAGAACGCGGAGUCGAGAGAUUUUGCACCGCCCAUAGAGAAGGUCUGCGUACACCGCAGCAUCCAACAAACCUUCCGGCUAGCCAGAAUGAACUGAAGACUCCAGAUGGAAAGGCCGAAGCGGUUUGCGAAGUCAAGCCCACGGACAGUCGAAUGAUGAAAGAGGACCCGACAGUGGGUCUGUCUUCACUCUGCAUCAGCAACCUCCACAUUGAGUCUCGCCCCAUUCCUCGCCUUGUCCCAGAGAAACAGCCAUCUGCGAGUUUGCCAGGCAAAAGACAGGCAACACCUCCACGCACAGGCGUGCCUUUUGUGCGCACAAAGAGCGGAAGGACUUCAAUUCGACACGCCGAAGUUGUGGAUAAGAACCCAGUUGGAGAAGGUGCGCCACUCCCGAAGACAGACAAAGGCGAAGCACCCUCCGUAGUCGAAGUUAAGGAGACACAGGGAGAAAUGCACUCGUCACAGAGCAUGUCUGCAUGCGUCGAAUCAAGUGGAAAUCGAAAAGACAAGUCUCGCCAAGAACUAUGGCAAGAAGCGUGGAAGCUCCAAGUCGCGCAGUGGCAGCAAUCCCAGUCGCAACAAGGUCACUCCUUAGGUCACAGCAGCGAAGCCGCGAGCGCAAAGCCGUUCGUUAUCCCUGCGCCUUCUGUAUGUGUCAAACCUUUCACAGCGACUCAACUUUCCACCACGCCGAUUUCGACUCCGAAGGAAGGUGUUUUCCAAGCCAAUGACGAAGCGGCCGUUCCACAACAAACACAACACACCCAGGCGAUUCCUCAUUCGUUUUCUUUCGCCACGUGCCCACCCCUCGCGGUGACUUCACCCAGCGUAAAUGCGUCUCUGGUGCAUGAGGAUUCGAACCAAGAAACGAUACCGGUCGAGUCGGGAGCACCUGCCACGCCCGUCCCCACUCCUGCUUUCUCGUUCUCGCAGUUAUCGCACGCGAAUGAAGCAGGUGGGUCGAGUCAGAAGACACCUGAAGAGCAAGUGACAUGCCAAGCACUAAUACGGCCUCAACCGGAACAGGAGAAUGAAAUCGCUUGGGGGUGGCCCGAGGCCGAAGAAGCGCUAGCCAUCACAAUUGUCGAAGAGAAUGGCCGCGUUUGUCGCGAAAGGACGGAGACAGAGUUCGAACCCGCUCUAGGUGCUCGACCUGGUGGGGCUAUCUCGCGUAAAUUCCCUCUCCCUGUGACAGUCCCGUUCGGAGCCAAACUGCAACCAAUGGCGCAACGUGUUCUGCCCACGAAGACGGCCACAUUACUUUCUUCAGCCGGGAUCCACAAUGAGAAUAAUCACAGGCAGCAACACUACUCCGGUGCAAGGCCUGCAGGUGCGCAGCCGACAAUGAGUGGCACGAUGCUGUUCAAAGUUGGAGGACCCUCCGGAGAUGACAAAAGGAAUGCCACCAAAUGCGGCACGGAGUCCCGUCAUGCAAAUGUCUAUGUCUGUGGUCCUUCCGGACUAGCAGAUAUUCAAGCCGGAUCCGCGCUGCAAAGAACUCUCAUGGCACAAAAUCCGUUUGUGCGCACAAAGCCGGUAAAAAGUCACGGAUCGACAUGCGGGAUUCCAUGCGCAAGAGAGAUGGUGAAUCAGAAAAUGUCUGGUAGCGCGACGACUGGUGGAGGAAUUUCUGCCGCUGAACCUCAAUUUUUACUGUAGGAGUCGAAUGCUGUCUUGCGUUGUCGUGAAGGUAGGCGUACUUAAGCUUUAAACGACAGUCUCUGCAUGCCUCAUCAAAGGCAGCUGUGUUGUCGAGUUUUCUGUAUUUUCUUACUGACUAGGCAAGCGUAGAUGUAUAUAUAUGUAUAUAUAUGAAAAAAGGAAAUCAUACAGAAUGCUGUUCUCGAAAAAAAGUUCCGUGCGACUCAUGUUCCACUGCUCUGGUGAGCAGUUGUGUAGUGGUGCUUUACCCAAGUCCGUCUGCAUCGUUUCAUCUUUUCGGGAAACUCAUGUAUGGAAUAAGAGAAACCUUCGUGUUUUGGGCGUUUGAAGUAGUAUGAAUGACCAGUUCUGGCUUGUGGCCGCUUGCUGAUUUUGCUUGGUGUUUCGAGAGUCCUUUUACAAAAUUACGCUUGUGUGUGUUCUGCCAACUAGUGAAAACCCCCCGUAGUCAUUUCGGGUCUUACGUCCUUGCAUCCAGUCGGUGAAACCGUUUUUUAGGCCAUCCUCUCUGGAUCGUGAUUCGAGAAAGGGAACGAGUCUCUGGCCUCCGCGUGUCUGCACAUUACCAAGACGCGCUGUUUCUGGGAAAUGCUUGAAGAAGGCAGCAAAGGGGGCAGAAGCGAAAAUAGAAGAACAUGUUAUGCAAAAACACAGGACGUGGAAGCCAGGGACCUUGAAAUAUGGGCAACGCUCGUGUGAAGAAAAGCGGUGAAGCCUGCAAAAGCAACUAGAUGAACUCUGCAAACAGGAAGGCAUUACGCGGUUGUACCGUUUUGAAGUCUUCUUGUAUUGUUCUUUAGGAUAACGCUUCCAAAUAGCUGAUCAUUUGUGUAUCGCUUUUUAAAUUAUUACCAUUUUUAAUCCUGUACAUAUGUGAAUCAAGAGCUUUUUCCAUCCAUUUGACUUACAGCGUAUUUGGAAUAAAUAGAAAAUGACGGUCAUUCCUUGCGAGUCGUUUUGCAAUCAAAGCCGUAACCUUUCCAUGGUCGAGUAACUCCCUUUUGGCCAGAUCGUUUUACCACGCGUUGGCGCGAUUGUUCUGGACGCUUUUCGGGGGAUUUCGUACGCCCAUGAAUGACAGAUAAAUUAGGAGCGCUGGGAAACGAGAUGAUAUGCGAAGUCAUUUUCGCUCGUAACCGACGAGCGUCGCUCAUGAGUUAUUUUUCGGAAGAUGCUUGAGUUUAUGAAACCAUUGUCUCCAGCGCAUGUCAUAAACUUUUGGCGUUGCUGAAAGUUCCUUU